AGUCAAAACCACUUUCGUGUUGUCCCCGAGUUGGGAGUGUCGCGUAUACAAAAAGUUGUGCUGUUCAGUCCAAGAUGGCUGCCGUUUUUUACUUCCUCCUUGGUUUUGUCCAGCUUUGCGUAGCAGCAUUCUACAACGGUCAUACGGAAGUUGUGUCUACGAUGGCAGGAGACGUCGUGGGGGCUGAAGGAGCGAUAGACGGGGAAGCUUAUCGAGUGUUUAAGGGGAUACCGUACGCCGAGCCGCCCGUUGGACCGCUUCGAUUCAGCGACCCGGUUCCCAAAUCGUCAUGGGGUGGAGUGUUUAACGCUACCUCGUUCGGGCCAUCAUGCCCGCAGUCCAAGCCUGCCGUGGAUGGCUUUAACCCGGAGUACGUCGUGACGAUUCCAGAUGGGGGAUGGGAGAUUGGUGAAGACUGCUUGACUCUGAACGUUUACACUCCUCUAGGGAAUAUGACUCAGUCUGGGUUAGCAGUCAUGGUAUGGCUACAUGGAGGGGGCUACCAACAUGGCCAGGGUAGCGCCUAUGAUGUAUCUGUACUCACCACAAAAGGGGGCGUGGUCGUCGUCACAAUCAACUACCGGCUUGGCCCGUUUGGUUUCCUGUUCACCGGGGACGACGGCGCUAAGGGGAACUACGGGUUGAAGGACCAGCGACUGGCUUUGAAAUGGGUCAAGGAGAACAUCAUGGCGUUCGGUGGUGACCCUGAGAGAGUCACACUCUUUAGUCAAUCAGACGUGCUUGAAUCUAUACCGUUGCAUCUAAUGGCGGAUGACAGUCGCUCCCUGUUUCAUCGGAUGGCUGUUCAUAGCCCUAACUGGAAUACGGAAUUUAGUGACGAGUCGAAUGUAGAAGGGCUUGCGGGUUAUCUUAACUGUUCAAGUGAUAACACUAGCCUCUUGAUGGACUGCCUCCGAAGUAAAUCAAUGGAGGAGAUUCUAGACGCUGGGAUGGGUGGCUACGACGUCUGGCGCCCCGUCUUAAACGAUGAUUUCUUCGGUGCGAAGUCAAAGGACGGCAUCACGCAUGAUUUUCUCUCGGUCUUCAACACCGGGGAUGGUUCUAUUGGUCUCGAUCUACUCAAAAAGAGUCUCCAUUCAGACGGGGAAGACUAUAACCUCACCUCCGGGGUCACUGAGGAACAAUUCGGGGAAUGGUUGCGUUCAUACACAGACGACUCUGGGGUGUCUAAACUUGCGAUUGAAGAACACUACAUCUCCAACGACUUCGCGGAUGAGAACUUUGCUCGUAUGCAAGCCCUCGUCGACAUCCACUUAGAUACCAAUAGCAUCCGGUACCAUUCAAAACGUCUUGACGAUCUGGAUAAAAUGCUCUCCUCGAUCUUCAUGAUGGUUUUUGAUCAUCGUUCGUCCGUUGAUUGGGAGUAUCCAGAAAUCGAGCUCGUACCACAUGGUGGGGAGAUGUCUUACGUCUUGGGGCUGCCGUUCAUCGCGCCUGGUGACGGCAGGACGUUCACCUCCGAGGAGCAAGCUCUGAGUCAACGCAUGAUUGAGUUCUGGUCAAAUUUCGCCAAAACUGGGAACCCCAACUCUGACACGACCGACCCACCGUCCAAUCUUACCGGACCAAUCUGGCCCGAAUACGGCGACACCAAGGAGUACCUCCAGGUCCGACUAAACUCCGAGGAGGUCGGCAGCGACUACCGAGGCGAGGAGGCCCUCUUCUGGAACGAGUACCUACCGGAGCUCAACGAGGCUGCGAGGGAGUCCUGCCCGACCGAAGAAGCGACGGAGAGGACCCCGAGCUCUCCCGAGUGGACCCCAGAACCGACCGAUGGAAAGGACCCAACUCCAACUGGGAUGUGUGGCGAGAAGCCCGUCAUAGGUAAAUCUCUCGGAUUAGAGUUAAGCCCCGCUCAGGCGGAGUCCUUAAUCGGUACGAUGAUCUUUGUAAGCGUGGGUUUGCUAUGCGUUAUCGUCAUGGUCUUUGGAGCUCUCUUGGGGUAUAAGUUCAAAUCCAAAAGGGGAAAUCCAGAUCAGAAGGCAGAAUUGAGUGUUGAGAAGGGAGCCGCACCUCAAAACGGCUACGAGCUCACUAACAAAAACCACGUCAAUUCUGUAAAUGAGUCUGGCCCCCAAGAAGGAGUGUACGAGAACAUGCAGGCACCAGCUGCUGUUGUCCUCAGCACAGAGAUAUACCACAAACCUGAUCUGCAUGACAGCGAAGAAGACGACGAGGCGGAGUCCCUACAAGAGAAACGCCCGAUACCAGACAGUGACGAAGAAGAGAUCCCACCGCAUUAUGCCUCCGUUGAUAGGUCAACUCGACCUACAGAGGAUGACGCUGACUCUGUGAACGAGGAGGUUACCUUCCCACCACCUCCUGGAGACUGGAUUAGCAAGUCUCCGUUGGCUCUGGUGGAACCGGUUGGGGAUGAGGUUGACCCAGACACCACUGAGGAGAAGAGCCCCUCCAGGUCUGACGAAGGAAGUGUUGUGUCUGACCCACCCACCGAACCUGAUGAAGAAAACACAAGAAUGUAGUCGAAAGGUGACUUCUAGCCGGUGUUGCGGAAAUCCACCCCCCCCCCCCACCCCCACCGCCACCACCCAUACUGCUUGUUGUGUCACAGUUUCCUCUAUGGUAGCGCCCUCUUUUGACUCAACCUCCCUCAGAUGUUAGUUUACCGUAUUUGGGACAAACACACAUCUGUUGGCAAAAUCUCACAGCCCUUCACAAUCUUAACGUUGAGUCUGAUUUUAUUGCUCAAAGACACUCUUUAGUCUCACUUAUUCUAUGAGACCAGAUCACCUUUAAAGGCACUCACGAACAUUGUCAAAGAUCCGCAAUUGCAGUUAUCAUUGGAUAUAGCUUUGGCAAUGUGCCUUAAAGGCAUUGGGCACUAUUGGUAAUUACUCAAAAUAAUUAUCAGCAUAAAACCUAACUUGGUAACGAGUAAU